AUGGCCAAACCACGCCAAGUAAAGCAGUCUCGGACAAAGCGCGCAAAGCGCUCUUCAGGCAGUCGGCGUUGUAACGUCUUCCUUGCCUGCGUCCCAUUAUUCAUGUUCAUUGGCGCUUGUGUUGUUGGAGAAAAAGUGUUCGUCCUUGUGGGAUGCGUAUCUACCAACUCGUCGAUAAAGGAUGUCUACCUAGCCGAGCUUAGCGUCAACAAGACAUAUGAUAUCGAUCUCCGUUUGGGAUAUUUCGGUGGUUGUGUCUCGAUGUCUGAGACACUUGGCUCUCGUGGUGAUAGAACCACAUCGAACAAUGCUCAGUCUCAUUGCGUCGCGAACAUGAGAACACCAGAUAUCGACGACCUCAGUGAGGAGUUUUUGGAGAACCUCAAUCUCACAAACAAUGCAAAAGCUCAACUCCAAAAUGCACUUAAUAUGACUCUUCCCAUCGCAAAGCACCUACAGAGCGAUGUGUUCAAUUGGGAGCCGCCAGUUCUUGCUUUUGUCUUGUUUGUCUUGGGGAGUUGCAUCUUGUGUGGUGCCGUCGGCGGCUCUUCGCGUAGACGGGGCUAUAAGAUCAUAUUGCUGGUGGCCCUAGUCCUGAGCACAUUUAGCCUAGCCUUGGCCAUGCUGGCGGACAUCGGUUCACUACAGGCAUUGAACGCGAUACUCGACGGAAACCGAUCCAUUAAUUCAAGUCUGCUCAGCAGUGACGUUGCUAUCCAGCGUGGCAAUCGGCAACAAGGACUUCAACACGGAUUUUUGGCUCUCAUUAUACUUUUCUACCUAACCAUGGGGAUCACUUUUGUUCAGCGGACUCCAGAGGGGGUAUUCAACUAUGGACAUAUUGGUUAAGGAAGGAUUUCCCUCCUGAAUUACGAGUGAUGAUACGUUAUGGUCAAAUUGCAUUGCUUGAUAAGCUAAUAAAUUAUAGUGGUGGACUCACAGGAGAGGAUCUAAUGGUUUUUCGAAAGUCUUUUUCAUGUUGUUUUCAAAUUUAAUGCUACGUCAUUUCCUUACCA